AUGGCCACCAAUUAUAACCACGACAAGGAUUUUUCUCCACAGGCCUCUCACCACGAACAGGACCAUUCCUACAGUUUAAAUCAAUUUUCUUCAUCAUCAUCAAAAAAUUCACUUCUUUCGCGUUUUCGAUCUCUUCCAAUCAUUGUCUCACUACAAAAUUUUUUCGGACCCAAAUUCAUCAACAAAGGCUUCUUCAACGUGGUUAAUUUAGGAGCUUCUUUCUUUUUAUUAUUUGCUGCGUUUGGUACUACACAAUCAUUUAUUACGACCCUUCGAAAAUCAGAAGGAUUUGUGAGCUUGUCUAUUUUAUAUUUUGUUUUUGCAUUUUCCAAUUUAGUAGCUCCGUCUUUCACUCAAUUAUUCACUCCGAAAUGGACAUGUAUUUUGGGAGCUUUGUGUUAUUGUUUAUUUGUUUUUGCUGCUGGAUUUGACAGCAGUGUAUUAUUAUAUUGUGCUUCAGUGGUGAAUGGAUUUGGAGCUGCCUUAUUGUGGACGGGACAGGGCACGUUGUUGACACAAUCUGCAAAUGUGGCACAAGUGAAAAUUAAAGAAUUCCAGAAUAAGAGUGGCUCUACUGCAACAGUCACUCAUGAGAAUGCUGGACAAGAAAAAGAGGUGCAACCAACAAGUACAUCUUCGGGAGCGAGUGUGGAAGUGAUGGGAUUUUUCAGUGGAGUUUUUUUUGCCUUGUUUCAAUUGAAUUCGAUUUUUGGAAAUAUUUUGGCUGGAUCAUUAUUUAGUGCAGGAUUAACGAAUUUUCAAUUGUUCUUUGUUCUCACAAUUAUUGCCUUGGUUGGAUCUUUUUCAUUGAUUGCACUUUUACCAAUCAAGAAAAGUGAAUAUGAAAAGAAGCUUUCACAAUCAGGUGAUGAAGAGGAUUUACAACAAGAUAACAUUCAUAUCGACACAAGAAGUUUCACCGAACGUAUUUCAAACAAAAUCAAAAAUUAUUUCACACAAGAAUUAGCCAAACAAGCCAAAGAUUUCAUUUCACUCUUAAAGCAAGCGUUUCUUGUGUUGUUUUCAAAAAAGAUGCUUGUAUUUAGCAUCAUUUCAUUUUACUCUGGCUUUAGCAAUUCGUAUUUCACUGGCUCACUGCCUCCUAUCAUUGGACGAGAUAUGUUGGGAUGGGUUAUGAUUUUAUUUGGUCUAAGUCAAGUUUCUGGAGCUUUAAUUUCAGGUAAAAUGUUGGACUAUAUUGGUAGAAGAAUCUCCAUGCUCUCGGCCAUGUUCAUCCACUGUGUGGCUGUUUCAUUAAGCACUCAAUUUGUGUAUUGGGGAAAUUCCUUUUCCAAUGAAAUAGCUUCGAAUCAGGGCGAACAAACUUAUGCUCUUCAAAAACCAGCAGCUCUAUACUUGCUCUUCUUUGUGAAUAUGGCAUUGUUUGGUUUGGCAGAUAGUUUUCUCACCAAUUCAAUUUAUGGUAUUUUAGGGAGCCCAAAUUAUUACAAGAAGAAGAAUACUGCUGAAGCCUUUGCUGCUUUCAAAAUGACGCAAUCUCUCUCCUCUGCUAUUGGAUUCUUUUGUGGAAUUUAUCUCAAAGUUGUGACUAUUCAAAUCAUACUUGGUUUAUCAUUUGUUGCAUGGCUUAUCGCCUUUUUUGUAAUGGACAAUAUGAUUGCUCCCGUGGACACCGUUAAGAAGCAUCAGAAAACCAACAAGAAACCUGUGGUCACCAGCGGUUCUCCACUCUUGCAACCCAACAAUAAUUCGCAAAUAUUUGUGUGA